AAGAAGAACCAGAAGUCAGCUCACUCCAUUGCCCGGCUGCAGAAGAAGCUCGAUCGGUAUCGAAGAAGGCUCAGGGAGAUCGAAGAAACUGGAGCACCCAGGAGCUCCAAGGACAUUUCCAAAGACAACCUCAAGGACAUGCAGCACACUCUGCAAGAUGCCCACUCCAAGCCCCGAACUGCUCCCCACAGCCUGGAGAGCAGUAAGUCGGCCAUGCUGGGGGUCAGUAAGUCGGCCAUGCCGGGGGUGUUGCUCAAGUCCCGAGAAUUUGCCAACUUGAUCCGGAGUAAAUUUGGCAGUGCUGACAACAUCGCUCAUUUAAAAAACUCCCUAAAAGAGUUUAGGCCAGAGACCAGUGCCAGGGCCUACGGAGGCAGCACCACCAUUGUAACCAAACCCAAAUACGGCAGCAAUGACGAGUGUUCCAGUGGCACGUCGAGCUCUGCCGACAGCAAGUGCAUCAACAUGAUCCUGGCCUUCAUGGUGGUCCUCUUGUUGGGC